AUGCACACGACAGGAAGUAUAAAAAGAGCUGUUGAGAAGGCAAUUGCGCUUGUCACUCUCAAACCUGGUGAUGAGGAAGGUGAAACCGUUGUUGAUGAAGAGUUUUAUGAUGUGGGAGAUGAUGACCAGACGAAAGAAGAAGACGAUGUAGAAGAUUCAGAAGGAGAAGAAGACAAUAUGGGAAAAAAGGUGAAUGGGUUCGAGGAGGGAGACGAUGAUUUUGACGAAAAUACGACUGUGGAUGAGCAAGACAAUGAGAAUUAUGUGAAUGUGGAGAAAAGGAUGAUCGUUGAAUGCUUGUCGUGUAAUUUCAACUGUGCAAAGAAGCAAAUCUACUACCACAUGCGAAUAGUACACGACUGGAGUGCCAAAUUCAACAAAUAACUCGACUUCCUACUGAAGCCACAAUCAACGAAAGUCAAGGGAUCAAGCUCAAUGUGGAGCAUCAUGGAAUGGACAUUUCUGAAAUGGGAACGUCUUCAUUUACAUUCCCAGGAUUUUAUCGAGCGAAAAAUAUGAGAUCCCCGGAAUGUUUGGAUUUACUCGAUUCGAUGAACCACUUCAUAUUGCAUUGUCACUGGGAGCAUGCAGAUCUAAACCGAACUUCCUUGACUGAAAGGAAGCGUUUGGGAUCCAAGUACGAAUACGAGAAUUGGUUCGAGGAGAAGAGGGAAAAUUCCGGAACUAAAUUCAUCAAGCGCUCCUCAUCCAGCAAAGAAAUUCACUACAACUGUGCGCUGGUCACAAAUGGAGAUAACCGUCAGUUCAAGAAAUCAAAGAAGCUCGACCAAUAUUGUGCAUCGGGAAAGGUACAAUUCCACGACAGUGGAUCAGUGGACGUGCUCGGAUGCUGCUCACAUGCCGGACAUGACACUUAG